UUCCAUAAAAUGGAUGGCAAUUCCAAGCCUCUCACCAGCCUUGCAUGGACAUCUGGCCAAUCACUGUGCCCCAAAGGCCACAACUUAAUCGUAGCCACCAUGGAAGGAGCGUCUGCCAACUUUUUGAAGGGAUUUAAUCAGAAAUCUGCUCUGUAUCUCACUUGUAGCACAGAGCCAACAUCAGAGACUAUAGAGCAAGUGAUUACAGAUGUUAUGCUACUGAGCGAAAAAUCCCCUUUACCGGUAGGAUAUGCUUUUAUUGGGGAAUACAUUGAUCCAAAGAUUACUGUGCCAAAGAAGAAAAGGCUGUGUAUGAAGCUGACUCCCAUAAACACUGCUGAAUCUGCUGUCGCUGAGCUCAAGCUGACUGUGAAAAAUAAGCAGCUCACUGCACCGUACAAACGUAUCGGUGAUAUGAGCGGCCUGGCUUUGUGGUGCAGGAAUGUUCCUGUAUCUGCCCCCAAACCAACACCAAAACCUCGAAAUGUUACGUCGGGCGUAAGAGGACUUUCUCUAGACAGCAGCAGUUCGGCUCAGCCAGCCACACAAGAAGCCCCUGUUCCAAAACUGAGUCGAGCAUCUUCCAUCUCUGAGCAUCCUAUAUAUGAGUCUAAUGUUUAUGGAGUAUCUGCUAUUGAUGGAAUUCCAUUCACAAUCCACCCAAUGUUCGAAAGCAGGCUUGCAGAGCCAUCUAUUAUCUCAUCUAACUUACAUGACCUUCGAAUCAAAACCCUGGCUGACAUUGAAAAUGAGUACAACUAUGGAUUUGUGGUGGAACGUACUGCAUGCGCUAGAUGAUGCUGAA